AUGUCGGGGGUUGGCAGCAGCGGCAGGCCACUGGCCGCCCAGAAGAUCCUGCAGUCUCUGCGCCCUCCGUUGUCCUUCGCCACGCUGUCGCGGCCACCCUUCGCCGCGCCCGGCGAGUGCCACCGCUUCCCCACAUCAGACGGUGUCAGCACGGGGGAUGCUCCUCCUAAUGAUACUAUCAAUGAGGAGGGGCUGGUCCUACGGACACCGGAACGAUCUAUGGCCGAUUAG